AUGGCAUCAGACUCAUCUGCCACCGUGGCCGCCAUUAUGCGGACGACCGGAACGGCGGGCCAGCCGGGGGGGAAGGACAAGAUAGUGACGCCGAGCUACUCAAAGAAGUUCAAUCUGCCCGCACACUUCAUCGGCGGCAAUUCGCUAGAGGUUGCGGCCCCGAGCGCGGUCAAGGACUUUGUUGCGUCCCACGACGGACACACUGUCAUUGAGAAGGUUCUUAUUGCAAACAAUGGUAUUGCGGCCGUAAAGGAGAUUAGAAGUGUGCGCAAAUGGGCGUACGAGACAUUUGGUGAUGAGAGGGCGAUCCAGUUCACGGUUAUGGCUACGCCGGAGGAUCUGCAGGCGAACGCGGACUACAUUAGGAUGGCGGACCAGUACGUUGAGGUCCCUGGUGGCACAAAUAAUAAUAAUUACGCAAAUGUCGAGUUGAUUGUAGACGUUGCUGAGCGUUUUGGGGUUCACGCUGUGUGGGCAGGAUGGGGACAUGCGAGUGAGAACCCAAAGCUGCCGGAAUCGCUGGCGGCGUCAAAAAACAAGAUUGUCUUCAUUGGGCCCCCCGGCUCGGCGAUGCGAUCGCUCGGAGACAAGAUCUCGUCUACGAUUGUUGCGCAGCACGCCGAGGUACCAUGUAUUCCUUGGAGCGGUACCGGCGUCAAGGAGGUCGUUGUCGACAAGGAGGGUCUUGUUACGGUGGCCGACGAGAUCUACGAUAAGGGUUGCACGCACUCUGCCGAGGAGGGUUUGGCAAAGGCCCGAGAGAUCGGGUUCCCAGUCAUGAUCAAGGCAUCAGAGGGUGGUGGUGGAAAGGGAAUCAGGAAGGCGGAGACUGAUGAGAACUUUGCCAGUCUCUACAGCCAGGUUGCCAACGAGGUGCCCGGAUCCCCCAUCUUUAUCAUGAAGCUGGCCGGCAAUGCUAGGCAUUUGGAGGUGCAGCUGCUGGCGGACGAGUACGGAAACAACAUCUCGCUGUUUGGCCGUGAUUGUUCAGUACAGAGAAGACAUCAGAAGAUCAUCGAGGAGGCGCCCGUCACGGUUGCCAACCCCGCCACUUUCAAUGCUAUGGAGAAGGCCGCCGUACGACUUGGUAAACUUGUCGGAUAUGUCUCAGCGGGUACCGUCGAGUACCUCUACUCCCACUCAGAUGACAAGUUCUACUUCCUCGAGCUUAACCCUCGUCUCCAGGUCGAGCAUCCCACCACUGAAAUGGUUACCGGUGUCAAUCUUCCCGCUGCCCAGCUCCAGAUUGCCAUGGGCCUUCCCCUGCACAGAAUCCGCGAUAUUCGUCUCAUGUACGGUGUCGACCCUGCAUCCACCGGCGAGAUUGACUUCGGCUUCUCCAAGGAAAACUCACACCUGACCCAGCGCAAGCCGGCCCCCAAGGGACACACCACAGCUUGCCGUAUCACCUCCGAGGAUCCUGGCGAAGGUUUCAAGCCCUCCAGCGGUAUGAUGCACGAGCUCAACUUCAGGUCUUCCUCGAAUGUCUGGGGUUAUUUCUCAGUUGGUACUGCCGGUGGUAUCCACUCCUUUUCAGAUUCACAGUUUGGACACAUUUUUGCAUACGGAGAGAACAGAGGCGCCUCUAGGAAGCACAUGGUUGUCGCUUUGAAGGAAUUGAGCAUUCGUGGUGAUUUCAGGACUACCGUUGAGUACCUCAUCAAACUUCUUGAGACUCCGGCGUUCGAGGACAACACCAUUACAACAGGAUGGCUCGAUGAGCUUAUCACAAACAAGCUCACCGCCGAGCGACCAGACACCAUGUUGGCUGUCGUUUGCGGAGCUGUUACUAAGGCGCACGUUGCCAGUGAGGCAUGCAUGGCUGAAUACAGGACUUCAUUGGAGAGAGGUCAGGUGCCGGCGAAGGACAUUCUCAAGACUGUUUUCCCCAUCGACUUUAUCUAUGAAGGCAAGCGAUUCAAGUUCACAGCGACUAGGUCGAGCUCGGAUUCGUACCAUCUCUUCAGCAACGGCUCAAAGUGCAGUGUCGGUGUUCGAGCACUGUCCGACGGUGGUCUUUUGAUCCUGUUGGGCGGACGAAGUCACAACGUCUACUGGAAGGAGGAAGUUGGUGCUACUAGAGCAUUUGCGGAAGUCGAGGUUAUGAAGAUGUAUAUGCCGCUCCUUGCUCAAGAAGAUGGUCACGUGCAACUCAUCAAGCAGCCGGGUGCCGUCCUUGAAGCUGGUGAUAUUCUUGGUAUCUUAGCUCUUGAUGACCCCAGUCGUGUCAAGCACGCUACACCUUUCGAUGGCCAGCUUCCCAACUUCGGUGCUCCCCAGGUUGUAGGUAACAAGCCUCCCCAAAGGUUCACUCAGCUUAACACUAUCUUGCGCAAUAUCCUCGACGGUUAUGACAACCAGGUUAUCAUGGCUACCACACUCAAGGAGCUUAUCGAGGUUCUAAGAAACUCUGAGCUCCCUUACGGUGAGUGGUCUGCUCAGUUCUCAGCCUUGCACAGCAGGAUGCCGCAGAAGCUUGAUGCCUUGUUCUCCCAAAUCACCGACAGGGCAAAGGCUAGGAAGGCCGAGUUCCCUGCAAAGGCAUUGCGCAAGGGUCUCGAGCGUUUCUUGGAUGACCAUGUUCAGCCUGGUGAUGUUGACCUUUUGAAGUCGGCUUUGGCGCCCCUUACGGCUAUCAUGGAUGCAUAUGCCGAGGGCUUGAAGGCACACGAGCUUUCCGUUUUCCUACAGAUUCUUGAACAUUAUUGGAGCAUUGAGAAGCUUUUCUCUGGCGCAAACACUAGAGAUGAGGACGUCAUUUUGAAACUUCGUGAUGAGAACAAGGAGGAUAUCAACAAGGUUGUCCAGGCAGUUCUCUCACACAGUAAGAUCAGUUCUAAGAACAACCUUAUCCUCGCCAUCUUGGAGGAGUACCGCCCCAACAAGCCUGGAAAUGGACCAAUCGUCAAGUUCUUCCGCCCAAUCCUCAAGAAGCUCACUGAGCUGGACUCCCGCCCCUCCACCAAGGUUGCUCUCAAGGCCCGUGAGGUCCUCAUCCAGUGUGCUUUGCCAUCAUUGGAAGAGAGAGCCACCCAGAUGGAGCACAUCCUCCGCUCUUCCGUUGUUGAAUCAAGAUAUGGAGAGACUGGAUGGGAGCACAGAACUCCUCUGCUCGACACUUUGAAGGAAGUCAUUGACUCGAAGUACACAGUCUUCGAUGUCCUUCCAACAUUCUUCGCUCACGCCGAUCCUUGGGUUUCUCUUGCUGCUUUGGAAGUCUACGUUCGCAGGGCUUACAGGGCCUACGAGUUGCACGUCGUCAACUACCACAACCUGGACUCAGAGCCUCCAUUUUUGGUUACCUGGGACUUCCAGCUCCGAAAGGUUGGCGUUACCGAGUAUGGAAUGACCCAGCCAUCAGCUCCUACUACCCCCACCGUUGAGCGCAGCGAAUUCAAGCGUAUUGGCUCCAUCAGUGAUCUCUCAUUCUUGGUUGGAAAAUCUGAGGCCGAGCCUGUGCGAAAGGGUGUCAUUGUUCCCGUCACCUUCUUAGAUGAAGCCGAAGAACUACUUGGCAGAGCGCUUGAGCUCAUCCCACGCGGAAAGGGAGGUAAGAAGAACACAAAGGAAGGACACAUGCCUAGCCUCGAGGGACGCAGAAAGGCACAGACCCUCAGCGCAAUUGAGAUCGAUGAGGAGGAGAUUCUUUCAGCAGUGUGCAACGUUGCAGUCCAGGAUGCCGAGUCUAUGGAUGACAAGGACCUUAUGGAGCGGAUUCUCCCUCUCAUCAACGAUUUCAAGGCUGAGCUUCUCUCGCGCAACGUCAGAAGAAUCACCUUCAUUUGCGGUCACAAGGAUGGAUCCUACCCAGGUUACUUCACCUUCCGUGGACCCGAGUACAGGGAAGAGGAGAGCAUUCGUCACAUUGAGCCGGCUUUGGCUUUCCAGCUUGAGCUUGGCAGAUUGUCGAACUUCCAGAUCAAGCCAGUGUUCACUGAGAACCGUAACAUCCACGUCUAUGAGGCUUACGGCAAGGAGGUCCAGAGUGACAAGAGAUACUUCACCCGUGCUGUUGUCCGAGCUGGUCGUCUGCGGGAUGAAAUCCCUACAGCGGAUUACCUCAUCUCUGAGACUGAUCGCCUGGUCAAUGAUAUUCUUGACGCUUUGGAAAUUAUUGGAAACAACAACUCUGAUCUCAACCACAUCUUCAUCAACUUCACCCCUGUGUUCCCUCUGAGCCCGAGGAGAUCGAGCCUGCUCUUGGUGGAUUUAUUGAGAGAUUUGGAAGACGUCUUUGGAGGCUUCGUGUCACUGGAGCUGAGAUUCAACGUUUCAGGUUAUGUUAUCCAGGUCGAGAUGUACGCAGAGAGAAAGACCGAAAAGGGCCAAUGGGUCUUCCACAGCAUUGGCUCCAAGCCCGGCUCCAUGCACCUUCGUCCAGUCAACACCCCAUAUGCUGCUAAGGAGUGGCUUCAGCCCAAGAGGUACAAGGCCCACCUUAUGGGAACCCAAUACGUCUAUGAUUUCCCCGAGCUCUUCAGACAGGCAAUUCAUCAGAGCUGGUUGAAGACCGCGAAGAAGGUGUCUGCUUUCAAGGAGAAGGUUCCUCAGCUCACCGAGUGCCUUGACUACAAUGAGCUUGUAUUGGAUGAUCAGGGCGACCUCACCGAAGUCCAGAGGGAGCCAGGUACCAACACACACGGUAUGGUUGGUUGGGUAGUAACUGCAAAGACCCCCGAGUAUCCCAAGGGCAGGAAGUUCGUCAUCAUUGCCAACGAUAUCACCUUCAGGAUUGGUUCUUUCGGACCUGCAGAGGACAGAUUCUUCCACAAGUGUACCGAACUCGCUAGAGCGAUGGGCGUUCCUAGGAUCUACCUCUCAGCAAACUCUGGUGCAAGAAUUGGUAUGGCCGAAGAGUUGAUUCCCCAUUUCUCCGUUGCCUGGAAUGAUGUCGACAAGCCUGAGGCUGGUUUCAAGUACCUUUACCUCACUCCUGAGAUGCACAAGAAGUUCGCGGACAGGAAGCAGAAGACCGUCAUCACGGAGCGUAUCAUUGACGAUGAAGAGGAGAGAUACAAGAUUACCACCAUUGUUGGUCAGGAGGAUGGUUUGGGUGUUGAGUGUUUGAAGGGGUCUGGUUUGAUUGCCGGUGCAACUAGCAAGGCUUAUGAGGACAUCUUCACGCUUACCCUCGUCACUUGCCGUUCCGUUGGCAUUGGUGCCUACUUGGUUAGGUUGGGUCAGCGCGCAAUCCAGAUUGAAGGACAACCUAUUAUUCUCACUGGUGCCCCCGCCAUCAACAAGCUUCUCGGUCGUGAGGUUUACACCUCCAACUUGCAAUUGGGAGGCACCCAGAUCAUGUACCGCAAUGGUGUUUCUCACUUGACUGCCAACGAUGAUUUCGAGGGUGUGCAGAAGAUUGUUGAGUGGAUGGCAUACGUUCCUGAGCGAAAGGGUGCUCCUGUGCCUGUUUCUCCAUCUAACGAUACCUGGGACCGUGAUAUCACAUUUGUGCCACCACAGAAGAACCCUUACGAUGUCAGAUGGCUUCUUGCCGGUAAGGAUGAUGAGGGUCUCUCCGGUCUUUUCGACAAGGGCUCCUUCCAGGAGACUCUUAGUGGGUGGGCCAGGACUGUCGUUGUUGGUCGUGCUCGUCUUGCUGGUAUCCCUGUUGGUGUCAUUGCUGUCGAGACUCGCUCAGUUGAGAAUAUUACUCCUGCCGACCCCGCCAACCCAGACUCGACUGAGAUGGUUACUCUCGAGGCUGGUCAGGUUUGGUACCCCAACUCUGCAUUCAAGACUGCACAGGCCAUCAGCGACUUCAACCGUGGAGAGCAACUUCCCUUAAUGAUCCUUGCCAACUGGCGUGGUUUCUCUGGUGGUCAGAGGGAUAUGUACAACGAGGUCCUCAAGUAUGGUUCCUUCAUCGUUGAUGCUCUCGUCAAAUACGAGCAGCCUAUCUUCGUGUACAUUCCUCCUUACGGCGAGCUUCGUGGUGGAUCUUGGGUUGUCGUUGACCCCACUAUUAAUGCUGAUAUGAUGGAGAUGUACGCCGAUGAGGAAGCCCGCGCUGGUGUUCUCGAGCCCGAAGGUAUUGUGAACAUCAAGUACCGCCGUGACAAGCAGCUCGACACCAUGGCCCGCCUUGACCCCGUCUACGGUGACCUGCGCCGCCAACUCGCCGACAAGAACCUCACCCAGGACGAGCAAUCCACCCUCAAGGUCAAGAUGGUCGAGCGUGAGAAGCUGCUCAUGCCCGUCUACGGACAAAUCUCUCUCCAAUUCGCCGAUCUCCACGACACACCCGGCCGUAUGCAAGCCAAGGGUGCUAUCCGUAUGCCCCUCCAAUGGAAGAAUGCCAGACGUUUCUUCUACUGGCGUAUCCGCCGUAGAUUAAACGAGGAGCUCUUCUUGAAGAAGAUGGCGGUUGCGGACAAGGGUUCCACCAGGACUGAGAACUUGGAGAGGUUGAAGAUGCUCAUUGUUGCGGAUGGCGAGAGCACCUUGUUUGAUGAGAACGACCGCUUGGUUGCGUGCUGGUAUGAGGAGAACAGGAAGGACGUGCUUUCCAAGAUUGAGGGUCUAAGGCAGGACGGCGUCGCAAACCAGGUUGCAUCUCUCAUCCAGAAGAAUGGCAGCAGCGCGUUGAAGGGUGUUGCUGCUGCUCUCGCUAAGCUCGGUGAGAAGGAGCGUGAAGAAGUCCUUAGGGCACUAGCUGGGUCAAAGAGUCCAUAG